AUGACAACACGCAGGGACGUCCUACUAGCCAAAAUGCAACAACUACAGAGAGAGCUCAAAACGGCCAAUGAGUUGAACACAAAACUUCUUCAAGAACAGGAAGAAUGUGAGCAGGAAAUUGAGUCUGUUGUUCGAACAAAUACAAGUCUCAAAGCCCAGCUUGCAACUCAAGAUGUCGAAUUCGAAGAUAUGCAGGGGCAGCGAGAUGAAUUACAGACCAUCGUUGACAGAUUCAAGCAAUGUCAGGAGAUACACGAGCAGGCACUGCAACGCAUCCAGGACCUGGAACAGCAGCUGGAGGAGUCGGAAACAAAAAUGACUUGCAAGUAUUGCUCGGGCCAGCAUCAAUUGGACCAGACAGUCGAAGAGUUGAAUCAUCGCUCUAAUGAAAUAAGAAAAUUAGAACUAAAGUUAAAAGACCUCAAUAAUAAAGAGGAACUCUCAAGUAAAGCAUUGCAGGAAUACAUAGCUUUUAUGAAUGAUGUUCUAGUGCCGGGCGGCGGGUACCCGCUGCGCAUGGAGUCACCGCGGCCUACGACGCGCCCCGUCGAGCCGGAGUCGCCCGCGCUGCGUGCCGCGUCGGCCGCGCCGGGGACACCCUCCCUGCGCGCCCUGUUCGCCGAGCGCCUCUCCCUCGCGUCCGAGCCGCACCACGACCCCGAGCCCGCCGUCCGCACCGCGGCCUCGCCGCCGUCACGGUCGCGCCUCGCGGAGCCGGCCCCGCCGCCGCCGCGCGCCGUCGAGUCGGCUCCCUCGCCGCCGAGCCUCGCCAAGCUGGCUCUGGCGCUGCUGACCUACGUCGAGCCCUCUCCGUCGCCGCGGCCCGUCGGCUCACCGGCCCCGUCGCCGCCCGCCACUGCGCCGCCGCCGCCGCCGCCGCCGGGCGCCGCACCCUGCCGUGCGCCCGCCACUGCCCCGGCACCGCCGCCGCGCCCGCGCCCGCGCGCCGCCCGCACCGUGCUGUACAGUGACGAGGCGGGCGUCGGCCUGGGCGCGCUGCUGGCGGAGCGCCUCAACCACCGAGUCAUCAACGACUGUCAUCCGGGGGCCACCGUCGAUCGACUGAUCGAAUGUAUCUCUGCAGGCGAGUUUGACUGCGACUCCACGCUCGUAGUUUUCAUAGGGAACAGUGUCGACUUCAGCAGUGUUGUUGGUAUGGUUGGUGUGCUUAUGUGCGGGACACAUGAACCCUCGGCUGCAGAGCUGGCUGGAGGAGACCCGGCGCAGGAGGUUGAGCCGCUGCUGUCGGACGCCCACCGGCCGCUAAGUGCGUUUAGCUAG